AAUAUGGCUAGUAAAGUUUUAGAGCUAAUAUUCAUCCCUUCCCCAGGGGUUGGUCACAUUAUGUCAACCGUUGAGAUCGCAAAAUUACUUGUGAAUCGCGAUCAACGUCUCGCAAUAACCGUACUUGUCAUCAAGCCUCGUAGCCUGGAUUCUGGCCUGGCUAUCACCUCCUACAUAGAAUCAUUAGCUAAAAGCAAUAUGGAUCGCAUAUCCUUCAUUCAACUCCCUCAAGAUGAAACCUUACUAACUCAUGACCCCAAAGACCACAUGUCUACAUUCAGUGAAUUCAUCCCUAGUCACUGCAAAUAUGUUAGAAAUGUUGUGGCUGACAUGAUAAGUCAAGCGGGUUCGGGUCAGAUCGUUGGGUUUGUCGUUGACAUGUUUUGCACAUGUAUGGUAGAUGUGGCUAAUGAGUUCAAUGUUCCAACCUACUUGUUCUUCACUUCUAGUGCCGCUUUUCUUGGAUUUGAAUUUUAUAUCCAGAAACUCUGUGAUGAUCUCAAUGAAGAUGUUAUUGAGUUGAGCAACUCAGAUGCCAAGAUAUCGAUUCCAAGUUUUGUUAAACCGGUUCCAACCAAAGUCUUUUGGAGUCGUGUCAAGACUAGAGAGGGGCUAGAUUUUGUCUUGGGGGCUGUCCGGAAAUUUAGAGAGGUCAAAGCAAUCAUAGUUAAUACAUUCUUGGAAUUGGAAACACACGCAAUAAAGUCGUUGUCUGCUGACGUCAGCAUCCCACCAGUGUAUCCAGUGGGACCUAUACUCAACCUAGAAGGCAGUUUUGGUUCUAGUGUUGGUAAACCGUUUGACAACAACGUCAUUAGGUGGUUGGAUAGUCAACCACCUUCCUCGGUUGUGUUUUUGUGUUUUGGGAGUAUGGGAAGUUUCAGUGAGGUCCAAGUGAAGGAGAUAGCAUGUGCUUUAGAGCAGAGUGGCCAUCGUUUCGUAUGGUCCCUACGUCGACCUCCGUCAGAUCAAACAUCAAGGAUCUCAAGUGAUUAUGAGGAUCCGAGUUUGGUACUGCCAGAAGGGUUUUUGGAGCGAACAUGUGGAAUAGGGAAGGUGAUUGGGUGGGCCCCACAGGCGGCGGUGUUGGGUCAUGAUGCAGUUGGAGGGUUUGUGUCCCACUGUGGGUGGAACUCAUUGUUGGAGAGUUUAUGGUUCGGUGUACCAUUGGCAACAUGGCCGAUGUACGCCGAGCAACAUAUGAAUGCGUUUGAAAUGGUGGUGGAGUUGGGAUUGGCGGUGGAGAUAAAAUUGGAUUAUAGGAAGAAUGUGUCUAAUCCUAGGGCUGACACAAUUAUUGUGACAGCUGAGGAGAUAGAACGUGGGAUAAGGCGAGUUAUGGAGGACAAUGAGGUUAAAACAAAAGUAAAAGCAAUGAGUCUGAAGAGUAGAUCCGUAGUGGCGGAGGGUGGUUCGUCAUAUGCAUCAGUUGGUAGUCUGAUUCAAGAUUUUAUAAGAGACAAAUCUUAAUCUGGUUUUGACUUUUGUGUGUUGUAAUUUUUUGCUGUUAAAGUAGGAAUGUAAAAUAACCUAUUUUGGUGUUUUAUAAUGACUAACAGAUUAAAUGA